AUGGUACUAGAGACCUCAGAGAUCACUCAUCGACAACAGGAACUCGUCGUAGUUGGUACCGGCACUAUCAAAGGGGAGAGCGUUGUCACCAGAGGUCAUAUCUACCUGUUCUCGGUCGCUGAGGUGGUUCCGCGUCCUGGCGUGUCGGAGUCCGAUCUCAAGCUAAAGCUGCUGAGUUCGGAAGAAGUACGCGGCGCUGUCACCACGCUUAGUCCAGUCGGAAGCCAAGGCUUUGUCCUUGCUGCUCAGGGACAGAAGACCAUGGUCAGAGGUCUCAGGGAAGAUCUUUCGAUCCUACCGGUGGCUUUUAUGGAUAUGCGAUUUCACACAUCCAUCUCAAAGUCCCCCACUGGCACUGGGCUCUGCAUCCUCGGUGAUGCUUUCUCCGGCUUGUGGCUGAUCGGCUAUAGUGAAGAGCCGUACAAGAUGCAGCUCCUCAGCCGUGACCUCGAGAAUCCAUCUAUUUCAGCCGCAGACUUCCUACCCUCAGAAGACAACAAGGAGCUCUUCGUUAUCGCCUCUGAUGGCGAUGGCGAAUUGCGCUUCCUUCAGUACGAUCCCGAGAACCCCAAAUCCGAGCGCGGCGAAAAGCUUCUCCUCCGCAGCACUUUCCAUACAGGUGAUUUACCAACCACGAUGACACUUCUACCCCGGACAUCAACAUCCUACGAAGCGCCACCGACCAGUAACAACAUCGAUGCCUCCUCUCCACGAUCGUCCGAAGUCAUGCAUGUGGACAGCCCUGUCGUCAGACCCAAAGCUCAACUGCUCAUCACACAUUCCUCCGGUGCUAUCGCUCUCAUUACUACUCUCGACGAGCCUGCCUACCGUCGCCUCACCGCCCUUCAAAACAUACUAAUCAGCAACAUGGAUCAGCCUUGUGGCCUGAACCCACGUGCCUACCGCGUUGUGGAAACGGACGGAAUGGGUGGGAGAGGAGUAAUCGAUGGCAAUGUGGUCAAGCGAUGGUUGGAUCUGAACAGUCACCAUAAGGCAAACACGGCAGACAAGGCAGGAGCUCGAGCGGUGUGGGAUGUGCGAGGUGAUCUGGAAGUUGUGCUAGGACUUGGAGGUGGAAUGGCAUUCAUGGCUUGA